AUGCUACUCGCUCACUAUAGAGUCUACAGCUCUGUCUGCAGGACCACCGUCGCUGAUCGAUUCGCCUCCUGUUUCUUCCUAUCCUCCACUUUAUCCGUCUCGUCUACCGCUUCAAACCCCCCAUUCUCUAGACCAUUCCACUCGACCUCACGCCUGGGUCUCGAAGCCCCUCGAAUUUCCUAUCGUAUAGCCGCCUCGUCGUCCGGCAAAGGCCGUCGAUUUCGCCCAGUAACGAACACGUACGACUUCACUCCGGAUCUCCAUGCGGUGGGCGUGGCCGUAGACACCGAUGAUCCCGCUAUCCGACGAAAGUGGAGGCCAGACAGCGGCGAGGAUGCCUUCUUCGUGAGCAGAGUCGGACGACGAGAAUACCCCGGGGCCGUCGCCUUCGCGGUGGCAGACGGUGUUGGGGGCUGGUCCGAGUCCAAAGUCGACCCGGCCGACUUCUCGCAUGCCCUAUGCUAUUACAUGGCCGAGUCGGCCCUGGGCUGGGACAAACCCCCGGAGCAGCUACGGGCGAAGGGUCUCCUGCAGACGGGAUACGACCAGGUGGUGGCCGACAAGACCAUCCGGGCAGGAGGCAGCACGGCCUCGGUGGGCGUGGGACUGUCCGAUGGACGAGUCGAACUGGCCAACCUGGGAGACUCCGGCUCUGUCCUGCUACGUCUCGCCGCCGUGCAUCACUACUCGAUUCCACAGACCCAUGGCUUCAAUACCCCCUAUCAACUCAGUAUUAUCCCUCCGCGCAUGCGCACCCAAGCAUCCAUCUUCGGCGGUGCCUACCUGGAGGAUUCCCCGCGCGAUGCGGGCGUAACAAACCUCCAGAUGCAGCACGGUGACGUUCUUGUGCUCGCUACCGACGGUGUCUUCGACAAUCUCAAUAAUCAAGAUAUCCUGAAACUAGUCACCAACCGGAUGGUCUUGACGGGGGCGUGGACCGCCACCGAGACCCUAGGGAUCAAACCCUCAGACGAGCUGGCCCAUCUCACAAGUCCAGAGGGACUUACAUCUCUGAUUCCUUCUUUUUCAUCCUCCGACCCUUCUUCGUCUCCCUCUUCUUCCUCUCAUCCCCGCGACCAGAUCUACACUCUACAAUCCUUACUCGCAGCCACCAUUGCAGGAGAAGCGAAGCUCGCCAGCUUGGACUUCCGGCGCGAUGGUCCCUUUGCCAAAGAAGCUCAGCGUUAUUAUCCCGGCGACUGGUACCGUGGCGGCAAGGUUGAUGAUAUCGCCGUGGUGACCGUUGUGGCAGUGGAUGAGGGACAUACCUCCCCAUCUUGA